CAAUAACAUUCAUCACAGGCACAGCGAGAGCCGACAAGCCUCUAGCGAGAACAAUCAAAACAUAGGCAAGUUUGACAAGUGAACAUGGCUAAAUUUCAUCUUUUAAAUACUCUCAGUUCACUCGCGUUUUGUUUCUUGUUGUCCUUAAAUGUGGCUGCAGAAGGUUUGGAUAAUUCUAAUGAAAAUGCAACCAAUCAUACUGAUAAGUGCUAUGAGGAUAGACUAACAAAGUUUCCAUGUUCAAGCACAAUUAUUGGAAAUCUCCUGCUUAUUGUUUUCUAUGGUGCACUGUUGAUGGUUGCUGCAAAAUUGAUUUCAGAUGGUGCUGAGUUGUUAUUAGAUCUCGGAUUACCUGCAGGAAUCAUUGGCGGUAUUGUUCUGCCUUUGCUUGGAGCUGUACCUGAUUCUGCUAUCAUUAUCGUUUCUGGCUUGAAACCAAAUGCGCAGGAACAGAUAUCGGUUGGUAUGGGGACCCUUGCUGGCAGCACGAUCAUGUUGUUGACAAUUGCCUGGGGUGGAAGUCUGUUUCUCGGAAGAUGCGACCUUAAUAGCAAUGGUGAAGCAAUUGAAGAGACUGGAAAGGGAAUUAAAUGCAGGAAACAGGGCGUAACUCUCCUUCCUUCAGUGCAGAAAUCUUCAAUUAUUAUGCUUAUUACCUCACUUCUUUAUCUUAUUGUUCAAAGUGCUGACUGGCACUGGGGUCCAAAGAAAAGUCCUGAUUCUGGUGACGAUAGUCAACCAAAGUAUGUAAAAAAUUCUGCGUUGGCGACCCUCAUUUUGUGCGCCGUAUCUUUUGUUGCCUACCUUCUCUUCUUGGUGUACGACAGCAAGACAGCUCAAUUGAGGGCAUCGAAACACAGACAGGAGGAAAUUCGUCGUCGCGUAAUUCAUCGUUUCUAUGGCAUUGCUAAUCGCAACAUCUUCGGUGGUCCUCGUGACUCAACGGAUGCCGGUGGGGAGCCGUCAGAUCCCGAAGCUCAGAGACAAGCUUCAGUGGGACUACAGAAGAAAUAUUUCAAAACGUGGCAGAUUGGUAAGGACAUUAAAACAAGAGAACCAACUGAUAAAGAUCCCAUCAUCGAUAAAGAAGCUGAAGACGAGUUGGAAGAGGCCGCGGAUAAAGAGGAGAACAAAACGUUUGUCGCAAUUAAAUGUUUCCUCAUGUUGGCUGUUGGUGUUGCCAUGGUGACGAUUUUUUCUGAUCCAAUGUGCGAUGUUCUAAGUGGUAUUACGGAUUCAGCCAAUGCAGACAAUGGUGGCAGCUACAUCAACAUAAGUCCGUUCUACGUGUCGUUUGUCGUCACACCGAUAUGUUCCAACGCGUCCGAGCUGGUCUCUUCCCUUCUCUUUGCUGCCAAGAAGAAGAAAGAGAAUGUGUCCAUGACUUUCUCUCAGUUGUAUGGGGCAGCAACAAUGAACAACACUCUGUGUUUAGGCAUCUUCUGUGCGUUGGUCUAUAUCAAAGACCUUGAGUGGUAUUACUCCGCAGAGGUCACGGUGAUUUUGCUUGUGCAAUGGUUCGUGUUUAUCAUGGGUUUCCCGUUGACUUAUAAGUUAUGGAAAGUCAUUCCCGUCGGUUUCUGCUACAUAUUUUCUAUCAUUCUUAUCGCAAUCUUGGAAAGUAGUGCAGUUGGAUGGAAAUAGACAAUUUCUGUUAGGACGUUUUAUACAUUUGAUAAGGUCCAAGUUUCUAUGAAUUUAAUGGUUUUGAAAUGUGACGCACGAAGAUUUGUCCAACGUAAGAAUUAAAUUGAUAAAGCACAUGCAAUGGGAAUAUAAUGGAAAUAAUAUGUUAUAGCCUGGUUCCAUUUUGUCGUAAUUCUCGUAGGUCAUUUUUACUAAUGAAAAAUAGUACGGAUGCAUGUAAAUUUGUGUUUUUUCUCUGUUUUUUCACUGAACACACGUACAAAAAUUCUAUCACGUCACCCAUUUGACGUGUUCACGAUUAUUACGAUUAAAUGGAAACCAGGCUUGUAGUCAUACAUUUAUAGCAUUUUUCUGCACAAUACGAGUGAAGGGAGCUGAGGCUUGGUUGGAUCAUAUCAACUUGCGUGUAGGCGAGAGGCACUGUUUGCUGUGAAAUAUACACUUAUUAUACACUUAAAUUUUUAAACACAAGUUUAAAAACUUAGAUUAGAACAUUGUAGUCAUUUUAAAUUUUCAAUUGUUCCAUAAUUUA